AUGAACAUCGUCGAAUGGGCUUUCGGCAAGCGCAUGACACCUGCAGAGCGUCUGCGCAAGCAUCAGCGAGCACUCGAUCGAACGCAGCGUGAACUGGACCGCGAACGCACCAAACUUGAGAAUCAAGAGAAGAAGCUCAUUCAAGAUAUCAAAAAGAGUGCCAAAAAUGGACAAAUUGGAGCCUGCAAAAUUCAAGCCAAAGACCUGCUAUAUUCAGAAAUUCUACCAAAUGCGGACGCAAUUACAAGCCAUCUCGCUAAGAAUUCAGGUACGUCUCAUGUCCUCAACCUGCCAGAAGCGUAUGUCAAGAAGCUCACAAUGGACACGCGCCAGACCGUUCGCAGCAAUGAACAAAUGAUGCAAUCAAUGAAAGGGGCAACAAUGCUUCUGGGUAGUAUGAAUCGCCAGAUGAAUCUGCCUGCGCUCCAGCGCAUAACGAUGGAAUUCGAACGAGAGAACGAAAUCAUGGACGAACGACAGGAAAUGAUGGAUGAUGCCAUUGACGAGGCAACAGGAAUGGAAGAUGAUGAGGCAGAGGGCGAAGACAUUGUAAAGGAGGUUCUUGAUGAGAUUGGUGUUGAUUUGACUCAGGCGGUUCGUAAACCUAGCGUUCCGACUUUAUUAUUAGAUAUACUGACCGUUCCUUCCCAGCUGGGUGAGACGCCUUCUGGCGAGAUUCAAAGAGAGUCUGCAAGCAACGUUCGCGUCGCUCAGGCGAUCGGUGGAGGCGGUGGUGGUGGUGGUGCGCCUGAUGCCGGCGAUGAUGAUCUUCAAGCGCGUUUGGAUAGCCUCAGACGCUGA